AGACAAGCAAUUAAGAAAGUUGCAAUUAUCUCAAUUUAUUCUAAUAAUUUUGGCGGUUUUUACCGGGUAACAUCGCCCCACUAAAUCUGACAUAACCACAUGACUAAAAAGUGUACUUACAUCUCAAAUCAUGGGAAAUUCGUUAAUCAAUCCAACACAGCUCUAACUAGUUAGUCACCAAAUACCUUGGCCUCCUCACUGCCUUCCCUGCGCCUCCUCCUCCUCCUCCCUUUCAUCUUUUGAAAAUUUUAUCGACUUCAUUUCAUUUUGCACCUUCAACUUCUCAAAAUGGAGCAAAUACUCCCAAAUAUCUCUCGACUAACACUUUCGACAAACACAACAGACCCUAACACCAACUCAGAUAUGCUCGAAGUGUUCCCACCAUGGGGGGCAUUCCCAGCAGAGCAGUAUUUGCUGCAUCAUUGGGAGCCCUCUGAACAGAACCAAAACCAGCACCGCAGACUGAUAAAUGAUUUUAUCCACGCCUUAGACGAUAUUCCAGAGGAAUGGAUACGACCCUCACCCACGUCUGAGAUAAUGGCUAUUACCCCCUCGGCAUCCCAAAUCCGAGAGAUUUUGGCCCCUUGGCGCCCCCUCCAGUGGCGCUCGGUAGCAUGGGAGAUUUGGAAUCAGAUAAGAUGCCCCAAAUGGGAUGAUGAAGGUCUCAACAUCUGGCUACGGACGCAUUACGCAGAAGAAGCAGAGGAAACAGCUCGAGAUAAUAUCAAAUUGGUAGAAUGGUUUAAGUCAUCAUUUGAAGGCAAUCCCUAUAUGGACCCCGACACAGUCGAUACGAUGAUGCGCUGGCAAAUUUUAGAUGAUGAGUCUGUAUUUAACUUUAAAAGUGCCUGGGAACGAGUAUUUGAGAUUAUUCCUGAGCUCACCGGUCCAAAGAGUGGAUUGUCGCGACGUUUCAUGCCUAGGACAGAUGGUUGGGGUCAGAAUUACCCCCGGGAAGAAGUGGCUUCCUUGCCGAGACUAGAAGACAGAGUCAUGGCAGUUGAAUGCAGCGAUAAUUGUGUACAAUACUCGGCAGUCCAUUCGUAUCUUCUCGUUGCUGAUGAGAAGACUUUUACCACGGACGAGCUUCUUAUCCUCUACCUUGACCGUAAAGGGAACUAUGUGCGUGAGUCAAGAAUCCAACUUCCAGCUGAUGAUCUUUAUACGCGAGGAGAUAUGAUAAAUAAUGGAAAAAUUCGUGACGCCCAGUACUGGACUGAGGAUUCACCACCAGGAAGCUCUUUAAAUCCAAAAUACCGUGCACUAGGCGAGAUUGGACGUGAACUGUACGGCGUGGAAGAUCUGCUUCGAACUUGAAAGGUUUUCAAUUACAAGUUAGCAAUCAAUUUAGUCUGGUCUCAUACUUGUCCAUGAUUCCAUGCUAUUUGUAAGCAAGAGUGUUAUAGCACAGGGAUUUCUCUGCAAAUGUAUAGAAAUACUUGAUAAUGAACCUGUAAAAUCAUGACACAGACUUGUAACCACAACUACAUCGUCUACAUCUACUGGCCCGGAGUAGACUGGUAUUGCGAAAAACUGGGAGCAUUCCGUUACGGGAUUCCCACUUUUUCCCGUCACGGAACCCAUUUGCUAAAUGAUUCGCCAAAAAUAGGCAACAAAUAUUACAAAGUGAAGACCGGCGACAUCUGCCAAAAGGUCGCCAACAGCAACGGCAUCACUCAUAAUAAUAUAAAGAUUAGCAUUAAUACCUCUAUUAACUAGCUGUAGCUCUUGAUUGGUACGAUCGGUACAAGGCUAAGCAUGUGGUAUCAUUCAACUAGAAUACGAAGCAUGAGGAGAGAAAUUGGAAGUUCCAGAU